CCAAAGUAACCAACCACCAUAUUCGACUGACGCGUUUCGUUUGUCUCGAUCGUGCGCGUCCUUCUUUCAUUGACUUGACUUCUUUCAAACUCUUGCGAAAAUAAGUUUUGUUAGUUUCAAAGUUUAUAAAUACUUAUUAAUCAGAUACUUUAUGCCUUACAAUGGGACUAAUACAAACUGCAUUUCGGAUUUAUUGUUUAAGUGGCUCUUGGAAGCAAGUUCUAUGCAAUUAUGACUAGUGUACAAAGUUGAGUGAACUUGUGAGUAAUACAGUGUCCAUUAUGUUUAGAGCUGGGCUAAGUUAAAUCCUACAGGUGUUCUGCUGUACGCAUUGUUGUGGUAUUCAAAUCCUAGCAACCAGUCUAUGAUGAAGUUAUGUUGUGUCAAGUGGAAUUAUCGGUGUUGUCGGAAGAAGUGUAACCAGAAAACAUGUAAAAGUGACUACAUGUAGUAUAACUUAAAAACUUGUAGAAUAACGUAAGUGGUCUUCACUGAAGAAAAAGUAACUGGACAUUCUACAUGUGAUGGAAGAAUUAGAACGGUUAUUCAAAAUGUAUUGGACGAAACUUUGGGGCGCUUUCGUGUUAUGCUUCAUCUGCAUUCAAUUGGCGUCUACAGCUGACAGUACAGUACAAAUGCAGCCACCACGAUUCAGCAUGCAGCCAUCAUCCUCAAAUAGCAUAGUUAGAGAAGGCACCACCAAAAUUUUGCAGUGUUCAGCACACGGGAUUCCUCAACCAGUAUAUAGAUGGCUGAAGAACGGUAUACCAUUAGGAGAAUAUUCAUCAGAGCUCUUUUACAAGAUCCUUAAUACCCAACGAGAUGAUGCGGGAGCAUAUCAGUGCAUCGCCAAAAACGACGUCGGCGCCAUAUUCAGCGAAAAAAACAAUAUUAUCGUUGCGUAUAUGGGCGUAUUCGGGAACAUAGAACAAGAUGUAGUAGUUGUCGAAUCCGGCAGAGCUGCGAUUCUUGAUUUUCCUUAUAUUGAAUCUGAGCCGCCUCCUUCAGUGGUAUGGCAAGAUCAAAAUGGAGCUCUUCGUUACGAUCAAAAAUAUGCUCUUACGCCACAACAUCAACUCGUCAUUCUAUCAGCUUCUAAUGAAGACGAAAGGCCAUACAGAGUUCGAGCGAUAAACACGCAACUAGGAAAAGUAGAGAACAGCCCUUAUAUCAAAUUAACUGUAUAUGGUGACGACGAUAAAGAAAUACCACCAGAAAUUAUAAUAAAACCACAAGACACCAAAAUCACAAAAGGCCAAGAAAUUGUAAACUUAUAUUGCAUAGCUAAUGCCAGGCCUCUGCACGAAUUAGAAACACUUUGGUUUAAAGAUGGCAUUUUAAUAGAUCUGGCCGGCGUCACUUACGAUUUACAAGACCAAUGGAACAGAACCUUGAGCUUAAUUUCAGCUAAUUUAAGUCAUACAGGUCAUUACACAUGCCAGGCGAGAUUAAAAACGGGAGGAUUCGCAACCGUCACGGCUUCAGCCGCCGUCACUGUAAUUGAGAAGCCUGUGUUUACGACCACUUUAAAAUCCGAAACGUUUGGUGAAUUUGGUACUACCAUAGUAUUAGAAUGCAAUGUGCAAGGAAUUCCGUUGCCAGGUAUUACCUGGUACAAAGAUUCAAGAAAAAUUUGGAGCGUGGGCGCAGAAACCGAAGAAACGGACAACUCUGAUGUUGACGAUGGGGGGCGACGCUACCGUGUCGAGGUAGACCGAUCCCUCGUCAUCAGCGAUCUAAAAAUGGACGAUAUGGGUAUCUUCCAGUGUAUCGCCAGCAAUGAAGCUGGUGAAUCAUCCAUUUAUACAUGGUUAAAAAUAAAAACUAAACAACAUAUUCGCGUACCGCGCAGUCAGAUGAAGUUAAUAAGAGUGAGGACUGCGGAUAAAAAGGCAAAAACGUUCAAAUUCGAUACUGGCACGUCCCCGCCUGUAAUGCAGAGCCCGCCAGCCAACCUUACCGUGCUGGACGGCAAAGACGCCACCAUCGCGUGCCGGGCUAUAGGCGCGCCCACUCCCAACGUUACUUGGUACUUCAACGACUCCCUGAUUAUAAAUCUGUCGGCGAGAUUGCAAGCGUUAGAGCACGGAGACCUGCUCAUUACCAGCACAACUACGGCCGACACCGGCAAAUACACCUGCGUGCGCGCCAACGACGCGGGCAGCGUUUCCGGGGAAGCCUACUUAACUGUACUAGUGAGAACGCAAAUUAUUGCACCCCCCGUGGACACGCGCGUUUUGCUCGGCCACACGGCUACUUUACAGUGCAAGGUUUCAAAUGACCCCAACGUGAAAUACAAUAUCGACUGGUUCCAUAACAAUCAGCCUAUGACAGCCGGUUCCCGGGUGUGGGUCGCGACAGAUGGCUCGCUGCAAGUGCAAGCCGUGCGCGCCAGUGACGCGGGCGAGUACUCGUGCGUCGUGACGUCACCCGGCGGGAACCACACGCGGAAAGCUGUGCUGUCCGUUAUUGAACUACCCUUCGCCCCGACUAAUGUCAGGGCCGUCAGAUUAGAUGCAACGGCUCAAAGAGCUAUUAACGUUUCGUGGACGCCGGGCUUUGAUGGGAACUCGCCGAUACAGAAGUUCAUUGUGCAGAGGCGUGUUGUGCCGGAAUUUGGUCCUACUCCAGAUCCUCUGUUAAACUGGGUAACUGAACCGACAAAUGUCUCGGCGAAUCAACGAUGGGUUCUCCUGACCAGCUUGAAAGCGGCGACUUCUUACCAAUUCAGAGUUUCAGCCGUCAAUACUGUGGGCGAAGGCCCCGCCUCCGACCCCACGGACGUUUUAACUUUACCACAAGAAGCUGCCAGCGACCUUAUAUGCUGCCAAGCUCCCUCCGGCCCACCUAUUGGUUUUAUGGGCUCGGCUCGAUCAUCUUCGGAAAUCAUCACCCAAUGGCAGCCGCCUGUAGAAGAACAUCGCAAUGGCCACAUCCUUGGUUACGUCAUCCGCUACAGACUGCGCGGCUACGACAACAGCCCCUGGACUAACCAAAAUAUCACCAACGAAGCCCAAAGGAACUAUCUGAUCCAAGACUUGAUCACCUGGAAAGAUUACAACGUUCAAAUAGCGGCUUACAAUGAUAAAGGUGUAGGUGUGUUCACUGAUAGUUACACUAUCAAAACAAAGGAAGGUGUGCCAGAAGCCGCUCCUGACAGUGUUCGGUGUGAAGCUUCCAACUCUACCUCCAUCGGUGUUUGGUGGACUCCGCCAAAUCCUCAAAAGAUAAAUGGAAUCAACCAGGGCUACAAAAUCCAAGCGUGGCGAUGGGACGAACUUGAAGCAGAUAACACGGAACAGAAGCUCGUCAGUGUUCCACCAAAUCUUUUGGAUCCGCUGACCGAACAGACAGCCAUAAUUAGCGGACUUGAAAAAUUCACGGACUACAACAUAUCAGUAUUAUGUUUCACUGAACCAGGGGACGGACCCCGCAGCGAGUUUGUUCUGAUCAGAACCAAUGAAGACAUUCCCGAUGAAGUAGCGAACCUACAAUUUGACGAUAUAUCUGAUCGCGCCGUGCGCGUAUCGUGGUCGCCGCCGAAGAAAUCCAACGGAAUUCUAACAGGAUACAGGCUCUCUUACCAAGUGAAAGAUGACAAAUCAACAUGUAUUAACGAAACACUACCGGCCAACGUUACCAGCAUAAGGGUCGAACAUUUACAGGCAAGCACGCACUACAAGUUCUGGCUGUGCGCGCUGACGGGCGUCGGCGAAGGACCGGCGCGCUCCGCGGUCAUUCAGUCUGGGGUCGAGCCCGUGCUACCGGACGCACCGCGCAACCUGGCGCUGUCCAACAUCGCCGCCUUCUCCGUGCUGCUGCAGUUCACGCCCGGCUUCGACGGCAACUCUUCCAUCUCGCUCUGGACCGUGCAGGCACAGACGGCUCGCAACUCAUCCUGGAUAACAGUAUUCGAAGCAAACGCGCCAGACGCCCAGUCCAUACUCGUGACCGGACUAGUGCCGUUCACCACGUACCGGCUACGCGUAAUAGCGACCAACGUCGUCGGGACUUCACCGCCUUCUGAACCCUGCAAAGAGUUUCAAACCAUCCAAGCACCUCCGCAGCACCCGCCGAGAAAUGUUACUGUACGGGCAGUGAGCGCUAAUAAUCUCCGCGUCAGAUGGAUCCCGCUACAGCAAAGCGAAUGGUACGGCAAUCCAAAAGGCUACAACAUAACUUACAAGCAAAGCGGCACUAACGAGACAUUGUUCAACAUCAUAGAGGACCACACGGCGAACUCCCACAUACUGUCCAACCUCGAGGAGUGGUCCCUGUACGAGAUACAGAUGACUGCCAUCAACGAGGUCGGCAUUUCUACGGAGAGCCCGAUGGCCACCGAAAGGACUAGGGAAGCCGUACCUUCUUCCGGACCUGAUAAUGUAUCAGCGAACGCGACUUCAUCUACAACAGUAGUUGUCCUAUGGGGUGACAUGCCAGCUAAAGAUCAAAACGGUCUGAUUGAAGGAUAUAAAGUUUGCUACGCGGCCAUAGUGCCACCUCCUAGGCCCGACCACCAAAAAGUGGAAUGCCAAUCCAUACCCUCCAACCAAACGCACACUAUCACACUAACGGAACUGCGUAAAUAUGUUGUGUAUCAGAUACAAGUCCUGGGAUACACUAGAUUGGGAGACGGAGCGCUUAGCGAUCCUCCUGUUACGGUGCGGACGUUCGAUGACACUCCCGGCCCACCAUCCAACGUGUCUUUCCCUGACGUGACAUUCACGACCGCUCGUAUCAUUUGGGACGUUCCGGAAGAUCCCAACGGAGAAAUAUUGGCGUACAGAGUUUCGUACCACCUCAACGGCUCGACGCAACAACAGUUUUCAAGGGAAUUCCUACCGUCAGACAGAACGUUUCGGGCUACAGAGCUUCAGUCAGAGAAGUACUACCAGUUCUCAGUGACAGCACAAACGCGUCUCGGCUGGGGCGGCACUGCGCGCGCCCUGGUGCUGACCACAGUGAACCGCGCCGCGCCCGCGCCGCCCGCCCGGCCCAACGUGGCGCGCUCGCUGCUGCAACCGCACCACAUCACCUUCUCGUGGACGCCCGGCAGCGACGGCUAUGCGCCGCUACGCUAUUACACAGUACAACAAAAAGAAGAAGGCGCCACAUGGCAGACGAUCCCCGAGCGCGUGGACCCGUUUGCGACGUCCUACACCGUUGAAGGGCUGAAGCCUUACACGGCUUAUCAGUUCCGUAUACGGGCCACCAACGACAUCGGGCCCAGUCGCUACAGUAACGCUACUGAAACCGUUCGCACUUUGCCUGCAGCCCCAAGCAAAGCCAUAGAAAAACUCCACGUGGUCCCGAUAACGCCUAGUAGCGUUCGAGUGCAAUGGACUCCGCUCACCGACCAAUACUGGAGCGGCGACACGCAGACCGGCGGCUACCGGGUCUACUAUCAGCCCCUUACGGACUUCCCCACGCCUCUACAUCACACUAUGAAACAAGAAGUACCCGGCAUUAAGAGCGAAGAAGUAGUUCUAACGGAUCUGGCAGUGGACCGGAACUACGAGAUCAGCGUGUGCGCGGUGAACUCGCAGGGCUUGGGCCCUAGCGGCACGCCGGCGGUGGUGUGGGUGGGCGAGGCCGUGCCCACCGCGCCGCCGCGGGACGUGAGCGCCGAGCCGCUGUCGCCCACCGAGGUGGCGCUCGCCUGGCAGCCGCCGCUGCUCGCCCAGCAGAACGGCGACCUGCUAGGGUACAAGAUCUUCUACUUAAUGACCGAGUCUCCCGAAGAGGCUGAGCCGGGCCGCAAAGCCGAGGAAGAGAUAGAGGUCGUAGCUGCAACCGCCACAUCUCAUUCUCUAGUCUUCCUCGAUAAGUUCACGCAGUAUCGUAUUCAGGUGCUUGCAUUCAACCCUGCCGGCGACGGGCCGCGUUCCAGCUCUAUCCUCGUACGAACGCACCAAGGCUUGCCGACGGCGCCGCGUAACAUCUCCUUCACUGACAUCACGAUGAACAGUCUGGUCGUUUCCUGGGAAGCACCGUAUCGUCGGAACGGUCUUAUACAGUCGUAUCUAGUCACUUAUGAAACCAUCGAGCAGGACGAACAAUUGAGCAAGCAAGUGAAGCAGAAGGUUAGCGAGCGUCGCCUCGCCGUGGGCGGGCUGGAGGAGGAGGUGGAGUACCGGUUCUCGGUGCGCGCGGUGACGCUGGGCGCGGGCCCGGCGGGCGAGGCUCGCGCGCGCACGGGCCCGCAGCCCGGCUCGCCCGCCACGCCGCGCGCGCUGCAGCUGGCGCCGCUGCCCGCCGCGCUGCACCUCGCCUGGACCAACGCCGUCUCGGGCCGCGGACCGCUGCUGGGAUAUUACAUUGAGGCGAGGAAGAAAGAUGAUACGAGAUGGGAAACGAUCACAAGAACCAGCAACGGAAUGUUAGAAGAAUUCACGAUAUCAUAUCAAAGUCUGCUACCCUCCACUGCCUACAAUUUCCGAGUGAUAGCCUACAACAUGUACGGAAUCAGCAACCCGGCGUACAACGAGAAAGUCAUAGUGACACCGUCGAAGCUAUACUUGGAGUACGGGUAUCUGCAGUACCCGCCGGUCUAUCGCCGCACGUGGUUCGUGGUGGCGUUGGCGGCCGCCUCUGUGGUCAUCAUUAUUAUGGUGAUAGCCAUACUCUGCGUGAAGAGCAAGAGCUACAAAUACAAAAAAGAAGCGCAGAAGACUCUGGAGGAGUCGCUGGCGGGGUCGACGGAGGAGCGCGGGUCGCUGGCGCUGGACCUGUACCGCUCGCGCGCCAACUCGGCCACGUCGACGGCGCUGGGCGCAGGCGCGGGCACGCUGCGCCGCAAGCAGGCGCCGCAGCUGGGCAAGUCGCCGCCGCGGCCCUCGCCCGCCUCCGUGGCCUACCACAGCGACGAGGAGAGCCUGCGCGCGUACGACGAGAACCCCGACGACUCCUCGCUCACCGAGAAGCCCUCCGAGAUGAGCUCCUCCGACUCACAGAAUUCCGAGAGCGAUAACGAAAGCGUUAGAUCGGAGCCGCACUCGUUCGUGAACCACUACGCGAACGUGAACGACACGCUCCGGCAGUCGUGGAAGCGGCAGCGGCCCGUGCGCAACUACUCCAGCUACACGGACUCGGAGCCCGAGGGCAGCGCCGUGGUGAGCCUCAACGGCGGCCAGAUCGUCAUGAACAACAUGGCGCGCUCCAGGGCGCCGCUGCCCGGCUUCUCCUCCUUCGUAUGACGGCGGUCGUGCGACCAGCUCGACUCUGCGCCCACUCUACACAUAUAAUGUAACGGUCACUGCCCAUUCCCAAUUAUGUAUAUAUUUACUUAUGUAAUUAAUUCCCAAUGUACAUAUCAGUUAUAAAGUAAGCUUUAGAAAUGUUAGCUGUUAAAUAAAUUUGUUAUCGACAGAUCUAGUGACCUAACUCGAGCGCCUUCUUACUUUUAGAUGUACUAGACGCGUGAGUGCGAAUGAUAAUAUGCGAGUGUUCUUUGAUUAUAAAUAACGUCUUUCGUUGAUAAUGUUGGUAUUGAAUAGGUGUUUUCUCACUAGAUCUGCAUGCACAGCAGGAAAAGUAGUUACGCAGAAUAACCUGCUAAAAAUUAUAUAAACAAAGUAGAUAGUAGAUUUGUCUAGAUUGUUUUUACCACGUUAUCUGCCUAGCUAUAUUGCAGCUGACUAUACUAGAAAAACCGGACAAGUGCGAGUCGGACUCGCCCACCGAGGGUUCCGUACUUUUGUUAUAGCGGCAACAGAAAUACAUCAUCUGUGAAAAUUUCAACAGUCUAGCUAUCACGGUUGAUGAGAUACAGCCUGGUGACAUACAGACAGACGGACAGCGGAGUCUUAGUCCCGUUUUACCCUUUGCGUACGGAACCCUAAAAAUGAACGUAUGUGUUCUUACUUUUAAAUAUAUAUGAUAGAUUACUUGAAAUAUUACUAAUAUUAGAACGACCAAUAUGUUAUAUUAAUAGCAAAAUUUUAGAGAUCUCGUUAUAUCAAAAUAAUUUGAUUAAUUACGAUGUUAAUAAUAAAGACCUAAUUGUUGUGUGAUUUUAUAAAUCUAGACACGAAUACACAAAUAUAAUUAUGUAGUCGUGAGUGGAGUUAACGUCGCAACAUACAGCUUAAGGUGGUUCGCUUUCCAUGCAAAAAACAAUUGCGGCGUUGUAUUAAGUCAUUACACACUAUUAUACUAUUACUACAUAAAUAUAUGCGCAUCUAUCUAGUUUCGAUUAUUCAUUUGCUCUGAAUUGAUAGUAAAACUUUGUUUUAUACAAAAAUCACAAAAAAAAAAACGUUAUUUUGGUGUUACAUUGUUAAAAAAUAUAACGUUUUUUUUGCGAUCAAUUUAGCGCAAACGAAUAUUCGAAAGUAGAUAGAUGCGCACAUAUUUAUGUAGUAAUAGUGUAAAAUGACUUAAUAAAAUGGAACUGUUUUUUGUAUGGAAAUCGAACCACCUUAAAAGUAAGAGUCUGUCAAGUCAACCCACACAACCGACGCAGCACAUUUAAACUAUUAGCUUUAAUUUAGUUCAGUAAUCGAAGGACUAUUUAGUAAACGUUUAUGACUGUCCUUUAUAAUAUUCCUAUUGUGGAUUUCUUACUAAAAAUAUAUUUUACUGACUGUACCAAUCAUUAGUACAUUACCUACGGUGUCGGUUAUCUGCGUGGACAGACUCAUAGCCAUAAAAAAGUAGAAUAUUAAAAUUUUCUCAAUUUAUUCCUAUUGCACAUACAAAAUAUUUAUAAAACCACAAUAUGACACGACUUUAAUGACAGCUGAAUUCACUCCAAAAAUCGUAUGUACUUACAUUCAAACAAAAGUUACUUUAAUUCAUAGUUAUACAUGUAAUAAUAAAAAAAUAUAUUAUUAAAUUAAGUCACAUAAUCCCACAAAACCAAUACCUACCCUUGGAUGGGCAUAUUUGUUUCAAUAAUAAAUCAAUAAUCGAUAUUAUACGUAAGGUUACGUAAUCAUUUUAAGUAUUUACUUACGGUUAUGGCGGUUGCUGGUUCAUAAGCUCGCACCACGAAUUCCUCCUCGUAAGACCCAGGGCAAUUUUGGCGCUUUUGAAUUUGGAACUUUCUUUUAUUUCUAUAUGAGUUCAAAACUCGAAUUUAAUUUGUACUUGUACAAGUACACGGACACUUAUGAGGAUAUGCAGCAACAGUGUUAGCCUCGCUUCAGCUUAGUCCAACUACUUGUAGCUCAGGAGUCUUAGGUGGGUAUAGUAGUUAGCUUUCAAGCUGGCCCCUAAGGGAUAACUUUUUGUUUAUUGUAAGUGAAACCGCACGUGCUACUUACCUGCAUAAACAACCGGCCAAGUGCGAGUCGGACUCGCCCACCGAGGGUUCCGUACUUUUUAGUAUUAGUUGUUAUAGCGGCAACAGAAAUAAAUCAUCUGUGAAAAUUUCAACUGUCUAUCACGGUUCAUGAGAUACAAGCCUAGUGACAGACAGACGGACAGCAAAGUCUUAGUAAUAGGGUCCCGUUUUUACCCUUUGGGUACGGAACCCUAAAAAUGGCUCGGUCACUUUAAUCGGUUAUUGAAUUAGAUUCCAAAUGAACAAAUGGAAAAAUAAUUUGCGAUUUCUUGUGUGGUCCCUCUACGGUUACUGAGUGCCGGCGAGUCGAACGCUAUAGAACCAGUCUAAAAUGUGUCAUCGAGAUGCGUAACAAAGGCGCGUUAUCGGAGAGCGCACUUACGCUGUUUUUCUUAGCAGGUAGCACGUGCAGUUUUACUUAAGAAUUGGACAAAGGAUUAGCCGUUCGGGGCCAGCUACAAAACGAACGGCUAUACUAUAACACAAGAGCUGCGACCUUUGCUCUAUGUACCUAUAUUAUUUUAGCCAGUUAAUAAAAUGAUUUGUAAACCCCAUUGAUAUAUGUAUAAGUUGAUGCUUUAAAAGCUGGCGUAACUGAAUCUAACGAGUGACAAAUCAAUAUUUGUGUAUUCAUUCAUUUAAUAGUUCAUUUCAUUCUACCUAUUUACAUCCUUGCUUAUGCCUUGAAUAUAAUCAAAGAUAGAUAUAACUCCGUAAUAGAUGGAUACAGUCUAAGGAAAAAACGUGCCUCGAAAAUCACGAAAAUUUGAUUCUCGAUCAGAUUGCGCCACUACCUUUGGCCUACUCUCGUUUAGAGGGCGUUGACGGUUUCGUUUGUUAUUUGUCAAUUUUAACGCAUAUCAGUGAAUAAACAUGGGUCAACAUCAUAAAAAUGAUUAAUGCAAAUAAAAAAAAAUCAUUUAUCCCUAUUUAAAUACAUUUUAUCGUAUUUUUAUAAAUCUUCAUUUUUAGUUUUAAAGUGUGUUGAUAGAUGGCAGUGAAUUUACUGUGGUUACAAAAUUUACUAUGACAGUACCGCUCUAUCCUAUUAUAUCCUCUUUAAUAUAAUGAACAGUAUUGAUCGAAAAGUUGAAAUAGUAAUUUAUGUUAUAAGGUAGGUAUUGAGACAUAAUUUAGGUUAAUUUCUUAACGUUUUUAUAUGGAGCAAAGAAAUUGUAAUAAAAUCGACUGAUAAUUUUAGAAGUGUAACUCCGAUUUAUGUAAAUAAAAUUAGUAUUAUCCAUAUAAAUAAGGCGGCAUGCAUUUAAUUUAAGAACAAGCUUGAAGACUAGGCACAAUUUUGUUAAAAUAACUGUGAUCUAUUGUAAUAUAAUUUUCAAUAUACUUUUUGACUAUUACAUUGUAGGCAUUUAAAUUAAAGUUAAUUACCUAGUGUAAAAUUCACUUAUACAAAUAAUACAGCAUUGUUAGUGAUAUACAUAUACUGGAGUAAGAUGCACUUUUAUAUUAUGGUUUUUCCACUUUUUAAUGAUUACAUUUUGGUAACAUAAUUUAAUUGAUCAAUGGACCAGUUUUAGGUUUUUUACAGCUUUAUUAGAUUGUAAAGUUUUUAUGAUUAUGAAAUGUUGAUUGAUAAACUACGUAUGCAAUGCAAACGCUGCUAUACGUAUUGGCAUCAGAGUUGAGGUCACGCACACAACAACAUGAUUGUCAUGUAAUUACGAGAUUUUUGAAAUGAGUGUUCUUUUUUCGUACCUAUGCUUUCAAGUUCAAAAGUUCCUUCAAUAGGGAGAAUUACUGCAAUGUUCUGCCACCAGUUCAUUCCGACGCAAAAAGAGGCGUGUCAUAAGUUUGACCGCUAUGUGAGUGUGUGUGUGUGUGCGUCUGUGUGUGUAUCUUUCUGUGGCACUGUAGCUCUUAAACGGGUGAACCGAUUUUAAUGCGGUUUUAUUUGUUUAAAAGCAGGUUUUAUAGUGGUGGUUCUUAGACAUGUUUAACCAAAAUCGGUUCAUCUGUUUGUGUGUUGUUGCUAUUGGUACUGGUUGGUACUCAUUCACCUCAACUCUCCUGCGGACACCUAUACUUGUGGAUAGUAAUGGCACUAAAAGGUAGAGAGAACUGUAUUAUUCUUUUAAGUAAUUGCCAUACAAAAUAUAUCAGGUGCCAUUAUUUGGGCGAAAAUUCCCUUAUUUGUGACUUUCAAUAUUUGGAUGUUUACUUUGUAACAAUACAGAAUUGUAGCAUAAAA